UUUGGAUUCUGUUGAUUCUGGAUUAAAUCCCAAUGAUCUGCAAGUGGAUCAAGCUCAUUGGCCGCCAGGCUCUCAUGAUUUGAGAGGGAAGUCUGCGUAUUCAGCAGGCGCUGAUGUUGGUCCAAACUUGGGAAGAUGUGAUUUUUGGAGAUUCUAUUCCAACCAACGAUUGCAUCCCACCCGGUUCACUUCUAUCUACUAGCGAAAGGAUUGCACCGGUCUUUCGAAGUAUAUUCAUCCACGAUCUCUCAAUCUCUGAUUUCCCAGGAGUUACCUUUGCUUGGGAUCAUCCAUGGGAUUCGCCAUGGAACCAAAUCUUUGCAAAGUUUGUGUUGAAACAUUGGAGGAAUGGCUACACAAGUGGUGCCUUCGCCCCUUUUUUCAUGAAUCCUGUCGAAGCCGUAAACACCAUCCUCCAACUUGGCAUUCUCCACCGUUGGUUCCUUGGAAGGCAGAAAGGUGUCCGAUUAGGCCAGUUCUCACAUGAAAUCAAGGCAAAGAAGAGCAAAUCCGAAAAGAAAUCUAAAAUCAGAAUACAGCCAUUACAGAAGGAUUGUCCUGCUCAAAAAAGUUUGGCAGAUCGUCAAUCAGAAAGUCGAAAUCUUCGCCCAUCUGAGUAUCGGGUAGCUGGUUUAUCUGACUCCAGCUUCCAAAGCCCUUGUUCAUUUCAACAUCGGUCAGAUGGGUUUGGUGGUCCCUGGUAA